AUGAGUCGCUGCCGGCCGCUUUCUCCUCAGCCGCCGCCUCCUCCUCAGCCGCCGGUGCCGCCGCGGCCGGACUCACCUCCCCUAGCAAAGCCGGAUAGAGCGGAGCCAGCGGCGGACACGCGCAACCAGCCACCGAGGCCCCGCCCCCGCCUCACACUGACCGGCUGCCCUAGCCAAUCCACGCCCACCUGUCUGCGUCUGCCUCCAAUCCUGGGCCCGGAGCUUCAGACAGGCGCACUGUUCGGCCAGUGGCAACAAGGAGCAGGAAGCUGCGUGCUAAUCCCGCCCGCAAAAGCUGGAAGAGAGGGUGGAAUAAAAGAACCAAUCAUGAGCCGGGGACCAAGAACAGAACAACCAAUCCUUGGCUUGAAGAUGAAGUGGGAAGGGACCGGGGCCAGAUAGACACUAGAUUUGACAAAUGGAAAAAACGAUUGAUCUCGGUCCCACCCUUCAGAUCUCCUAUAGGUCAGGAUUGUGGAGAAUUCACUGUCGUAUCAGCGGCGACCUCUUUGGGGGCG